AUGGAGUCGCGCACCGCAACCAAGACGGGCGGUCGGCAUGACCUUGACGAUGAGGCUUUGGGCAACUAUCUCAUCCGGUCAGGUACCAUGCCUGGUCUCAAACUACCACUUGUAACAACGAAAAUUGGCUACGGACAGAGCAAUCCUACCUAUUUUGUUGAUGACGCAGCAGGGACAAGAUUCAUCCUGAGAAAGAAGCCACAAGGAAAUGCGAUCAGCCCGGUGGCGCAUCAGAUUGAUCGGGAGUUCAGAGUCCUCAAAGCACUUGGCUCCGUUGCAGGCUUCCCUGUACCCGGGGCCUAUACCUUAUGUAUGGACAAUUCCGUGAUCGGAUCUCACUUCUAUACCAUGGAGUUCGUCAAAGGUAGAAUUAUCACAGACGUAGAUAUGAAGGAGCUGUCACCGGCCGAUAGACGAAAAGCUUGGUUUUCCGCCGUUGAAACGCUUGCGUGGCUCCAUUCCCUCGACCCUGAUGCAAUCGGACUCGAAGGCUACGGCAAGAAGCAUGGCUUCUAUGCUCGUCACUGCAACACUUGGAGCCGCAUAGAAGCUCAACAAGCUGCAGUGAAGAACCCGGAUAGCGGUCAGGCUCUUGGUCGUGCGCAUGAAAAUUACGACGAAGUUAUGGACUACAUCAGGGCUAACUUGCCCGGUGAGCGGUCCGCAAUUGUCCAUGGAGACUUCAAGUUUGACAAUCUGGUGCGUGAGCCCGGUGGAAUCUAUGUGCCGAUACCUAAUCAGCAUGCUCCAGAUUUUGCAUCCUACCGAGCCCAGGGUCAUAGCCAUCAUUGA